AUGUGACUUACUCCCUGCCACCUCUGCUUGAUAGUUAGGUUCAAUGGAAAAUAAAUACACGAGUAGGUGAGUUAUUUUACUUUGUGAUUUGAUUCUACCUUUGUUUAAUUUUGAAAAGCAGGACGUGGCCGGUUCUGCCGCUGGCCUGCGUUGACGCUAACCGAAGGAAGCGUCCGGCUCGUCCGCAUUCCUCCUCUGUCGACAGCCUGGCUGGAGCAGAGUGAGACACAGGGAAAAAAAGGAGGCCAUUAAAGAAGAAGAGGAAGACGUCAAGUAAUCGUUUUUGUCUCCAGCAGCACUUAAGCUAACUGGAUGUUUAUAAAUCAAGAGGAGACGACUCUUACAUCGGACCGGGUGACCAAAUAUGCCCCGUGACUAAAUAACAAGCACGUCAGGAGGACUGUGGACUUUGGACCUGAAGAGAAGAGCGACGUCAAACAUCAACAACGGCCGUUUUUUUGGUUCUGUGUCGUUGUUAAUGUCGAGUAAAAAGACGAGAAGCUUCGGCGAAACGACCUCCAACCUUUUCCACCGUGGAUAUCCUGCGUGUGUGUGUGUUUUUUUUAAUAACAAGAUGGCUGAUGACAGCAGCUAGCCCGUAUAACAAGGACAGCAGAGCGACGUCCCCUUUUAAUGUCCUCUUAUUUUUAUAGUAAGCUUGGAAUAGUUACAAAUAUAUAUUCAAGAAAAUAAUGUGUUUGUUGUAUUCAAGCAACGGCGGCGUUUGUGACGAAAGUGCGGUUUAAAAUGUGUACCUGUGCUGCGAAAAUGGUGAGGUGAGUCGCUUUGCUUCCCCCCCACGAUUUUCGUCGAGAUAAGUCGAUUAAUUAUGUUGUUGGUCGACGGCGGGGGCGAGAGCAUACAAAUAAGCAAGACGCCGAAGUAAAACUAAAAACAGAAUAUUAUUCUAUGUGGGUUGGGGGAGCUUAUUCGAUCGAUGGGUGUUAAAGCGAGCAACAUUCCUACGGAUCCUUAAAGCUAAAUAAAAGCUCUUUUGUUCAGCAGCUUUGAUUGGAGCCCUUAAAAAAAAGCUACAACUAUGCAGUAAAACCGCAUCCAAAGCGACGGCCCGGCUAUGAUUUUAUGAUUUCUCCAUCUAAUAAGAUUAGCAGACCCUUUUGUUAUCGAGUGGAAAGUGCCAGAGAGAGCCGCGGCCUUGUAUGUGUGUGAGUGUGUGGAUUAUUAUUCAUCUCAUGGAAAUGGCGUGUUCCCGUCAAAACGAAACGGAGGCGUUAUUAAUCCGAGCCUUUUGUGGGUCUGCGGUGCGUUCAUGGCUCCUGUGCGCUUAACAGAAUCGGGCCGAGCCGAGCCGAACCUCUUGUGCUUCUCUGUUUGGGCUUUUGGGGACAAAACGGUGACUGUUAUAGGUUUAGAGUCAGGUUUAAAUAAAAAGUAGUAGUGUGUUAAUCAGGGUGUGGGCGCAGGUUAGGCAGCUGUCAGUGCACGUGCAGGAGGUCCUGUGCACAUUUGCAUAUUGGGCUGCCCCUGGUUUAGUUAUCUGUGCCUUGUUUGGACUCCAAGGUUUUACCUGCAGGUUGCUGCUUCCUGUAGGCCACACACAUACACACACGCCCUGUGUGUGCGUGUGUGUGUCACAGUUUACAGUAAUCUUGUAACGUCAGCCUCACUCUGUGUUUGUUUGUGUGUGUGUGUGUGUUCUCCUCUGGUCAGUUUUCCGGAACUCACCACAGCAAUAACUUAACAAGUCAGGGUGUCAGCGCAGAGAUAAACGCACACUUUCAGGACCGUGUCAGGUUAUUUUUUUUCUGGGAAGGGUAGGGUCGGAUUUCCUGAGAACACACGGUGAAGCCCAGAGGCGUCGUCGUAUGCCUGCCUGUGGCGUCAUGGCUUCCGACAUGGCCGAGACGUGGAAGAACUGCUUCGAGGAGGAGCUCAUCUGCCCCAUCUGCCUGCACGUCUUCUCCGAGCCCAUCCAGCUGCCCUGCAAGCACAAUUUCUGCCGGGCGUGCAUCAGCGAGGCCUGGGCCAAGGACUCCACGCUGGCCCGCUGCCCUGAGUGCAACCAUGCGUACAGCCAGAAGCCCAGCCUGGAGAAGAACCACAAGCUGUCCAACAUUGUAGAGAAGUACAACGCCCUCAGCGUGGAGAAGGUGUCGCUGCCGCCACCCCAGUGCAUCCUGUGCCGGCGCGGUCCCCCGUUGCCCGCCGUCAAGGUGUGCCUGCGCUGUAACGCACCGUGCUGCCAGUCGCAUGUGCAAACGCACCUGCAGCAGCCGUGCUCGGCACUCGGGCACCUGCUGGUGGAGGCCGAGGCGGUCAAAGCGUGGACGUGUCCGCAACACGACGAGUACCGCCUAUACCACUGCGAAGCCGAGAAGACGGCGGUGUGCCAAUACUGUUGCUUCGCUCGCUGCCACCCCAGCCACGGGCACGCCGUCGCUGACGUGGAGCUGCGCCGUAAUGACAUCAGACAAAGCCUACUGAGACAGCAGGAGCGCGUGGAGGAGCGCGUGCAAGAGAUCGAGGAGCAGCUAUGCAAGCUCGACUCAGACAAGUGUGUGGUAGAGGACCGUGUGCUGGAGCUGAAGGAGGAUGUGCGCUUGCAGUACCAGCGUAUGCACCAGCUCCUGGAGGAGGACCUGGGCCGCACACUUGAGGCAUUAGAGCGGGCGCAGGCGCGCUUCUGCCAGGAGAACGCCGCUCAAGUCCUGGCACUGGGUGAGCAGCGGCACGAGGCGCACAAGUUGCUGAGCGCCAUCAACACGGCGUUCGGCAAGGCGGAGGAGCUGGGCUUCAUGAAGAAUACCAAGCCUGUCAAAAUCCUCACCGACAGGUCUCAGGCAUGCGUGGGAAGUACUCUUCCCCCCUACAAGGUUGGAAAUCUGAACGCCAAGCUUUUCCUCUCGGAGAUCUCCAGGCGGGAGAAGAGCUUGAAGAAAACGCUGGAAGCUCCGCUCACCCCUCCCUCCACCUUCCUGCAGUCCGUCCCGGCCUUCCCGAGCGGCCAGACCUCGGGUGCGGAGAAACGGAAGCAUUCCGCUGCCUUCCCGGAAGGAAACUCUGGCAAGAAUGGCGCGGCCAGUUUCAAAGACGCCUCUUCUUCCUCUUCUUCUUCGAGCAAGCAACCCUACCUGGGCUCCUCCUCCUCGUCCUCCGGGGAGGGUCAGUCCAGCAAUCAGCCGUGCGGCCUGCCUCACAUCGUCGACGGCGCAAACCACCAUUCCGGCGGCGUCUUCGGCUCCUCUCACUUCCCUCCCGGCGGCGGGGGCGGCAGCACCGGGGCCUCCUCGCACUCCUCGCAGCAGGCGGUGCUGCCGCAGUACGGCGGGCGCAAGAUCCUGGUGUGCACCAUGGAUAACUGCUACUGUUCCGGGGUUCCGUCCGUGUCGGGCCACCGCGGCCACCCGCCGUACCCGCGGUCUGGCUCCUUCCCCUGGGUCAGUGCGCAGGACUACCCACCGCCACCCGGCCUGACCUCCGGGGGUCCGUCCAUGCAGGGCCUGGCGGUGCGCGACUGGAUCGACGCCUCGCAGUCGCACAGACACGCCGACUUCUACGGGCUGUACGGGCAGCCCUCUGCAAAGCACUACGUCACCAGUUAACACACACACACACACGUAUACAGACUACACACUUACACACACUGCCAAACAUGUAAUCCCAUGCUAUUCGCAAGUCAUUGAAGCCUCCCUAAUUGCCGAUAUUAAAAGUGAAACUGGACAUAUACCACAAACUAAAGACAAACAUUUUAAACACAUCUUACAUUAUACUUAGAAAUAAAUGGAUUACAGAUUAUGGGCAAAAUAACAAACACUGGACUUGCACGUGGCGAAGACUCUGUAACAACCCGGGCUAAACCUAGCUCCUCCCCAACAUACAAGAGCACAAAAAUUGCAAAUUGGUAAAUUCCUUAAUUGCGAACCAUGAAUAUGCAGGGGAUUACAGUACACUGCUUUAAAGCCGUUAUAGCCUACACACAUUUAAACUACACACACACCUAGAAUACUAUGUAUACACAUUCGGGGGCAGGGUCGAUCUUUUUAUUUUUACUUUAUUUUCGGUCAGUGUUGUAAAAUGUACGUUUAACAAAAUGAAAACAACCAUAAAAUACAUCAUAUAGAAAUCCGAGUGGUUAUUUUAAGUGACUCGGAAGGAGGGAGGGAGGCUGGAAGCAGAAGGGAAGUUGUAUUUUUAUUUAUACAGCGAGAGAUGAAAAUGAACUUUUAAUGGGUGGAACUAAAAACUGGAAGAAGACCUGCAAGUGGUCCCCGUUUAGUGUCUGCAGAGGUCAGUUGCCUUACGUCGUCAUCACAAAAUCUUUUAUUUUUUUUCACCCUCCUUCCCCUCUGUCGUUGCACUUGUUACCGUUUCCCAGGCUCUUCCACCGUACACCCACAAUGCACUUCGAGGAUGCUUUUCCUCCCCCACAGAUGCUCAACUUCACAGGAAAUUUCUCUUUUUACAAGCAACUCCGGCAGAGUAGAAGAGGGUCCGACGACGCAGUUUAACGAACUUCCUUCAGGGCUACGAUGUCACUUCCUCGCAAUGAGCACACACUCACACAUACGCGUGCGCGAUAGCUCUAGGCUUCCUGUUUGCAGCUGUAAGCGUGCAAAGGAAGAGAUUUUUUAAAGCACUCAGAAGAAGAGACAAUGUAUGCAGUUAAAAAACAAAAAAAGUGUACGAUCUACAUUUUUUUUCUAAAAAAACGAGAAUGGACUGGUCAUCCUUCUUGCGUAGAAGCCAUUUACGACCCUCGACUUUAAGAAAAAGGACUAAAAACAACAACUUGAAAGUAUCUUUUUUGUAAAUAUUUUGUGAAAUGGAAAAAUGACACGACGUGAUUUGGAGGAGAAUUCCAAAUAAAGAGGAAUUUAAAACA